AACCAAAAAAUCCUUAAAUAUAUGUCAUUUGCUUGGAGGAAAAAAGCAUUUUAAGUGCUUCUAUUCAAUUCCCCAUCCUAUACACAAACGCAGCUUUCGCUCCUCUCCAACUCCAACACCAAAAAAACACCUUGUACCAAUAACAUCACGAAAAUCCUUUUGACUCUGCUACCUGACUCUUCCUCUCGAGUUUAUGUCUGUUUGUCUCAGAGGAUUUUGUUCCUAGUUUCUAUCCUGUUUCAGCUGGAGAUAUCGUUGUCUUUCCCUGUCUUUUUUUUUCUGUGCUCCGCAUGAAAUAUAGUUCGGACUCGAGAGUUUUAGCGCGAUGAAAUAUAUUCGGACCAACAGCUUGAAGCGGCUCUUCUCUUUGAAACGACGCAGUUUUGAGGGUGAAAUUCCAAACCCAGAUGGCUCUAUCCUAGAACACACCAAAGAUAUCUUCAGGAAUGUUGCAGUACCAGAACCUCAUCAGAGACCCACUUGGAAAUGCUUCUCCUAUGGAGAAAUCUUCGACGCCACCAAUGGUUUUAGCCCAGAGAAUCUAGUUGGCCGAGGAGGCUAUGCAGAGGUAUACAGAGGAACUCUGGGAGACGGUGAAGAAAUUGCAGUGAAGAGGCUUACAAAUGCUUCUUCUGAUGAGAGAAAAGAGAAGGAGUUCUUGACAGAGAUUGGAACCAUUGGUCAUGCGCGCCACCCAAAUGUACUCUCUCUCUUAGGCUGUUGUAUCGACAAUGGGCUUUACCUCAUUUUCCACUUCUCCUCAAACGGCUCAGUUGCUGCUCUUCUACAUGACACGAAUUUGCAGCCGUUAGAUUGGAAAACAAGGCAUAAGAUAGCCAUUGGGACGGCUAGGGGGCUCCAUUACUUGCACAAGGGCUGCCAAAGAAGAAUAAUUCACCGGGACAUCAAAGCCUCCAACGUUUUAUUAACUGCAGAUUUUGAACCACAGAUAUCUGAUUUUGGACUAGCAAAAUGGCUUCCAUCUCAAUGGUCUCACCAUUCAAUUGGUCCAAUAGAAGGGACAUUUGGGCACUUAGCUCCUGAGUACUAUUUGCAUGGGAUUGUGGAUGAGAAAACGGAUGUGUUUGCUUUUGGAGUUCUUCUUUUGGAGAUAAUCUCAGGCAGAAAACCGGUGGAUGGCUCUCACCAAAGCUUGCACGGCUGGGCCAAACCAAUACUGAACCAAGGAGAGACUGAAAAGUUAAUAGAUUCAAGGCUUGGAGGGGCCUAUGAUGUAACGCAGCUGAAAAGGCUAGCCUUUGCAGCCUCACUUUGCAUCCGCUCAUCUUCAAUGUGGCGCCCAACUAUGAGUGAGGUAAUGGAGGUAAUGGAGGAUGGAGAGGUGGACAAAGAGAAGUGGAAGAUGCAGGAGGAAGAAGAACCGGAGGAGUUCUGGGGAUUUGAGGAUCUAGAAUCUGAAUGUGACAGUUCCUUCUCUUCUCCACAUGACUCGCGUGAACAGAAAGUUAUUAGAUCACUUGGAGAUCUGGAACUUGAUGAAAAUCUAUUUGUCACUUUUGUUGACAUGUAAUCAUACAGUUUAUGUACUUUGUAAUUAAAGGGUAAUGAUAUUCGUCAACUUUUCAACUA